AGGGACCUCCAAGGGAACAAUAUCUCGGUGAUAUUCAAGACAGACUUUGAGGACAUGGCCACGCUUCACGUUCUUUGGCUGUCGAACAAUCAAAUUCACACCAUAGAAAGAGGUGCCUUCCAGGACUUAGUCGGCGUCGAGAAGCUGCGUCUCAACAAUAAUCAAAUACGUCAUCUGCCCGAUCUACUCUUUAGCAACAUGAUGAACUUGAAGCGCCUAGACCUAAGCCACAAUCAGAUCGCCACGAUCGGACCAAAGACACUCAGAGGGAUUUCAUCUCUGAAAUAUUUGUUACUCGACAACAACGUGUUAACCUGCAUCGACGAGGCAUCGAUACGAGAGCUGAAGGAUUUAGAAAUACUAAUGUUGAACAACAACAAAUUGACAAUGCUGGGCAAGGAAAUGCUGAACGGUUUCUCGCAUUUGCGAACGUUGAAGCUGGUGGACAACCCGUUGUCCUGCGAUUGCCACUUGGCCUGGCUAUCUCGACACUUGAAAACUUACCCGAGGCUCGGGCAACACACGCGUUGCAGCUCUCCGAUUCAUUUGAAGGAUCGAAACAUUGCCGAUUUGCAGGAGCACGAGUUCAAGUGUUCCGGGCCGGUUGAGCGCACAGGAUCAGAGUGUAGCGCGGAACCGCAAUGCCCGCAUCCUUGCAGAUGCGCUGACGGUAUUGUCGACUGCAGAGAGAAUUCUUUGACGAAAGUGCCCACCCAUCUCCCGGAGGACACCACAGAACUACGUUUGGAGCAGAACCGUAUCACGGAAAUCCCGCCGAAGGCCUUCUCCCCGUACAGAAAACUACGCAGAAUCGACCUCAGCAACAAUCAAAUCAAAAAGGUGGCGGCCGACGCGUUCCACGGAUUGAAGUCGUUGGAGUCACUCGUAUUGUACGGGAACAAGAUCGCCGAGCUGCCGAGCGGAUUGUUCCAAGGCUUGACCAAUCUGCAAUUACUGCUGCUGAACGCGAACGAGAUAUCCUGCAUACGAACCGAUCUGUUCCGAGAUCUGACCAGCCUGACUCUGUUGUCGCUGUACGAUAACAACAUCAGAUCCCUGGCCAAUGGAACUUUCGCCAAUCUACGAAGCAUUGAAACGCUGCAUUUGGCAAGGAACCCGUUUAUCUGCGACUGCAAUCUACGAUGGCUGAACGCGUACCUUCACGCGCACCCCAUCGAGACGUCGGGAGCCAAGUGCGAGUCGCCGAAGAGGGCGCAGAAGCGGAAGAUCGAUUCGAUGCGGGACGACAAGUUCAAAUGUAAGGGCGACGAGGAGCUCUUAACGAAGAGAGCCGGCGAGUGUAUCCUGCCCGGAGAGUGUCCAGAGCCGUGCGUUUGCAACGGGGCGACCGUCGAUUGUUCGAACAAGAAGCUAACGACGAUACCGAAGGAGCUACCGAUCUACACGUCCACCCUACUGUUGGCCAACAAUGAGCUGGAUAAGAUCAAAGCGGACGGCCUGUUCGAGAAGUUGCCGGAGCUGCAGCAUUUAGACUUCAGGAAGAACAAGAUCUCGCGCAUCGAGGCCUCUGCGUUUUCCGGCGCUCACAAGCUCACCGAUCUACUCUUGUCGGAGAACAGGCUGAGGGAAGUUCACAACAAGAUGUUCACCGGCCUGACGAAUCUUAAGACCCUGAACCUGCACGGGAACGCCAUAACCUGCGUUAUGCACGGCUCGUUCGACGGAUUGACGCACAUACGCACCAUCAACAUGCAAGGCAAUCCUUUGUCGUGUAAUUGUCAUCUCGCGUGGUUCGCCGGAUGGCUGAGGAAACGCGACAUGUCUGGCGUCGUCGGACACUGUCACGAUCCUCCCCGAUUGAAGGACGCGGUCGUCAAAGAUAUACCACAUCACGAGUUCAAGUGCAACAACGACAGCGUGGGUUGCCUAGGAGACGAUUACUGUCCACCUCAAUGUAAUUGCGCCGGGUCAGUGGUGAGAUGUUCGAGGUCUCAGCUUACGGAGAUUCCACGUGGGAUUCCGCCGGAAACCACCGAGUUGUAUUUGGACGUGAACGACAUCAAGACGAUCCAGCCCGAGAGACUGAACCACCUGAGGAUUCUCACUAGACUAGACCUGAGCAACAAUCAGAUCGGGAUGCUGUCGAACGACACCUUCAGGAAUCUCACCAAGUUGUCCCAUCUAAUUAUCAGCUACAAUAAGCUGCAGUGUGUCCAACGGAACGCCCUGGCCGGCUUGAAAUCGCUGCGGAUAAUGUCCCUGCACGGUAACGACAUAUCGGUGAUCCCCGAGGGCGCGUUCGAGGAUCUUCAAUCUAUAACCCACCUCGCUCUGGGGUCUAACCCGCUCUACUGCGACUGCAGCAUGCGAUGGUUGGCCGAAUGGGUGAAGAAGGACUACGUGGAGGCAGGCAUCGCGAGAUGCAUGGAGCCCCCGGCGAUGAGGGACAAGCUGCUGCUCACGACACCUGCGACCGCGUUCCAAUGCAAAACCAGCCAACAGCCAGCCGAAGUCUUGGCCAAGUGCGACCUGUGCUACACCUCGCCAUGCCAGAACGGAGGAUUUUGCGAGGCGCUCCCGGACCGGAAGUUCCGUUGCAAGUGCGCGCCAGGAUAUCAUGGGGACCGGUGUGAACAUAAAAUUGACGCGUGCUAUGGAAAUCCUUGCCGGAACGCCGGAACUUGUAAAGUAUUGGAAGAAGGAAGAUUCAGUUGCGACUGCGCCCCCGGGUACAAGGGACUUCGAUGCGAGAACAACGUCGACGACUGCGAGGACAACAAGUGCGCGAAUAACGCAACCUGCGUCGACCUCGUCCAAGCCUACAGAUGCGACUGCACCCCAGGAUUCAUGGGCGAGUACUGCGAGGAGAAGAUACCCUUUUGCACAAAAGGGCACGACCCCUGCGAGAACGGGGGUCGAUGCGUCGACCACGGGACCCACUAUAGCUGCGAAUGCCCAAUCGGCUUCACCGGCUUCAAUUGUUCCACCAACUUGGAUGACUGCGUUGAUCAUAUGUGCCAGAACGGUGCUACUUGCAUCGACGGCAUAAACAAUUACGAGUGCAAGUGCGCGGCGGAAUAUACGGGCAGGUACUGCGAGGCAGCACCCUCGACAGCCAUGCUCUAUCCACAGACCAGUCCGUGUGCACACCAUGACUGUCAGCACGGUGCGUGCUUCCAACCUGCUCCCGCUUCCGCCGCGGACUAUCUUUGCCAGUGCCACCCCGGCUACACCGGAAAACGAUGCGAGUACCUGACGAGUUUGAGCUUCGUGGACAACAGCUCGCUGGUCGAGCUGGAGCCGCUACGCACGAGGCCCGAAGCGAACGUGACCAUCGUCUUCACGACCACGCAGGAAAACGGGGUUCUCCUCUACGACGGCCAGAACGGCGACCAUAUCGCCGUCGAGUUGUUCAACGGCCGUGUCAGAGUCUCGUACGACGUUGGCAACUACCCAACCUCGACGAUGUACAGUUACGAGAUGGUCGCCGAUGGCAAACCCCACGUGGCUGAGCUGCUCGCGAUCAAGAAGAACUUCACGAUGAGGGUCGACCGCGGUCCUGCUAGAAGCAUCAUUAACGAGGGUCCGAAGGAGUACCUGAAACUCGUCACGUCUAUGUACGUCGGCGGCGUCGCUCCCGAAGUUGCCAACAUUGCGUUCACGGAAUUUCAUCUGAGGAACAUCACUAGCUUCCAAGGCUGCAUCACCGAGAUGUGGAUCAAUCACAAGUUGGUAGACUUCAGCAACGCCGCCAAGAUGCAUCGCGUAACUCCCGGAUGCACCUCGAACGAGGAAGAGGCUGACGAGGCGCGAGACGUUGUGGAAGCGGAAGGAAUUAUGGGAAGCGGCAGCAACGAGGAACCGAUACCACAAGAGAACAUGGCUCACGAACAUUCCGACAUCGUUAUGACAGGACCCGGCGCGAUAAUCUCCGAUCCCUGCGCGGGACACGAGUGCAGGAAGGGUUCGCAGUGCGUGCCAUCGCCGAUCGGGAACGGAUAUACCUGCCGGUGUCAAACUGGAUGGCAAGGACGGUAUUGCGAGAAAGCACCGACGUGUCGCAAAGAGCACACCAGAGAGUAUUACAGCGAGAACGGAUGUCGGAGUCGACGACCAGUGAAACUUGCCAAGUGUUGGGGUAGUUGUGGCAACUCUUGUUGUUUGCCACGGAAGACGAAACGGCGCAAGGUUCGACUGAUCUGCGCCGACGGUAUGCGGUACACGAAGGACGUCGAUCUGGUGCGCAAAUGCACGUGCACCCGGAAAUGCUACUAGCCAGGACCGAGGGACGUCGAGCGCCACAGGUGUCCCAUAAAUACGCGUCGAGACGUAUCGAGACCGAGAGGAAGCCCCCGAGAACCGAGACAGUGUCCCAAUUCGAACUUUCUAUGUUCGCGGCCGAUACGGCGAGAGUGGGUCGCCGAUUCGCGGAUGAAAGUCCUCCUUCUCCUCCUCCUUCUCCUCCUCGGCGCAUCCUCGUUGAACGCGUGACGAAAGCAUUGGGGCCCGCGGACCGCCAGGCCUUCAUUCUCUUCUUCGCGAGGAAGAACGAAGACGAAGAAAGAAAACGAUGGACACACACUCGCAAAACAGUACACAGCCGGCUCAGUGUGAUAUUAUAUUCGAACGUGGGAAGAAAGAAAAAAAAAAAAAAAAAAAAAA